AUGGUUAAAAGAUCUCAAAGUAGAGCUGAUUUGGCUGGUCUAACUGCUGAAGAGAGAAGGUUACAAGAAGAUAGAAAUAAAACAAAGUAUUGGAGAAGAUGGGGAAGUUAUCUUGCUGAGCGUCAAUGGGGUAUUGUUAGAGAGGAUUAUUCAUAUGAUGGUGAUGCUUGGAAUAGUUUCACUUUUGAUGAGAGUCGUUCAAGAGCUUAUCGUUGGGGUGAAGAUGGGUUAGCUGGUGUUUGUGAUAAUCAUGGGUUGUUAAAUUUUUCAAUUGGGUUAUGGAACGAACAGGAUGAUUUCCUUAAAGAGAAAUUAUUUGGUUUAACUGGUCCUCAGGGGAAUCAUGGUGAAGAUGUUAAAGAAAUUUAUUAUUAUUUGGAUAACACUCCAACUCAUUCUUAUAUGAAGUUCCUCUAUAAAUAUCCUCACAAAAAAUUCCCAUAUGACGAUUUGAGAGAAACUAAUGCUAAAAGAUCCAAAAAGGAGAGAGAAUAUGAGUUAAUGGAUACUGGUAUCUUUGAUAAUGAUGAAUAUUUUGAUGUUGUUUUCGAAAUGGCCAAGGAUGAUGAUGAAGAAUUAUAUUUCAGAAUCACAGCUUAUAACAGAUCUGAUAAACCUGCUCCAUUGCAUAUCUUACCUCAAGCAGUUUUCAGAAACACUUGGGGUUGGGGUCGUGAUUCUUAUAAACCGAAACUUUCAAGAGAAAAUGAAAAUUCCAUUUGUGUUGAUCAUAAGAAGUUUGGUGAUAAAAGAAGAUGGGUCUUUGCUCCAUCCCCAGGUUUAACUGAUGAUCAUCCUGAUGUUGAGCCACAAUUCUUAUUCACUGAUAAUGAUUCAAAUUUGAAAAAACUUUAUGGUCAAGAAAAUAAGGCAAAAUAUACCAAAGAUGCCUUCCAUGAAUACAUUGUCAAUGAAGAUAAUGAUGUGGUUAACCCAGAGGAAACAGGUACAAAAGCUGGUGCAUGGUUCUCAUUUGAUGAAGAUGGUGGUGUCCCUGCCCAUGAUUAUGUUACUGUUCGUUAUAAAUUCACUAAAAAGGAUAUCGGUGUGUUUGAUGAAGAAGCUUUUGACAACAUUUUCAGCCGUCGUGAAAACGAAGCUGAUAAUUUUUAUUGGAGAAUUACACCAUUGCCAAUCACUGAUGAAUUACGUCAAAUUCAACGUCAAGCAUUCUCUGGUUUAUUAUGGACAAAACAAUUUUAUUACUUCAUCCAAGAAGAAUGGUAUCAAGGUGAUCCAAUUGAACCAAAACCUGCACCAAAUCGUGCAAAUGGUAGAAAUAAAGAAUGGAAACAUAUGUAUAUUGAUGAUAUCUUGUCCCUUCCUGAUAAAUGGGAAUAUCCUUGGUUCGCUGCAUGGGAUACUGCAUUCCAUUGUAUUCCAAUUGCUUUGAUUGAUCCUGAUUUUGCUAAAAAGCAAUUGGAUCUAUUAACAAGAGAGUGGUAUAUGCAUCCAAAUGGACAAGUUCCAGCUUAUGAAUGGAAUUUUGGUGAUGUCAAUCCCCCAGUUCAUGCUUGGGCAACUUAUAGAGUUUAUAAAUUGGAAAGAAAAAUGUAUGGAAGAACUGAUGAUGAUUUCCUUGAACGUGUUUUCCAAAAAUUAUUGUUGAAUUUCACUUGGUGGGUUAAUAGAAAAGAUAUGGAUGGUAAUAAUGUUUUCGAAGGUGGAUUUUUAGGACUAGAUAAUAUUGGUAUUUUCAAUAGAUCAGAACCAUUACCAACAGGUGGUCGUUUAGAACAAGCAGAUUCAACUGGUUGGAUGGCUUUUUUCAGUUUACAAAUGUUAAAUAUUGCAUUGGAAUUGGCUAAGAAAAGAUCAGUCUAUGAAGAUAUUGCUUCUAAAUUUUUUGAACAUUUUUUGUUAAUUUCAGAUGCAAUGACAUUUGCAGGUUCUGAUGAUGAAAAGAAACAAUCACUUUGGAAUGAAACUGAUGGUUUCUAUUAUGAUUCUAUCUCUUGGGAUGGUGGUGCUCAUAAAGAACAACUACCAAUCAGAUCACUAGUUGGUCUAAUUCCAUUAUAUGCUUCUUUAACUUUAGAACCCCAAUUAUUGGAGAAAUUCCCAAGUUUCAAAAAGAGAUUGGAUUGGUUUAUUGAAAAAAGAUCAUCAGUUGCUGAUAGAAAUAUUGCAAGUAUGUCACACAAAGGUGUUGGUGAAAGAUUAUUAUUGGCUUUAGUCGAUAAAGAUCGUUUGCUUGCAAUUUUAGAUAGAAUGUUGGAUGAAGAAGAAUUCUUGUCUGAUUAUGGUAUCAGAUCAUUAUCUAAAUACCACAAGGAGCACCCAUUUUCAAUGCAUGCCGGUGGUCAAGAAUAUGGUAUUGGUUAUUUACCAGGUGAAAGUGACUCUGGUUUAUUUGGUGGUAAUAGUUCUUGGAGAGGUUCUAUCUGGUUGGCUGUUAACUUUUUACUAAUCGAGUCCCUUCAGCGUUUCUAUUUGUAUUAUGGUAAUUCACUUCAAGUUGAAUGUCCAAAAGGUUCUGGUAAGAAAAUGAAUUUGGCACAAGUUGCAGAAUUCAUUCAACACCGUUUGAUCAAGAUAUUCACAUUUGAUGAAAAUACCGGGUUAAGACCAUGUAAUGGCGAUGAUGUCGUUGCAAGUAAAGAUCCAAAUUUCCGUGACUUUGUUUUAUUUUAUGAGUAUUUCGAUGGUGAUACAGGUCGUGGUCUUGGUGCUUCACAUCAAUUAGGUUGGACAGGUUUAGUUGCCAAGAUGAUCCAUGAUACAGGUUUAAGUUUAUCUGGUAAAUCAAAGACCCCAGCAGCUGGUAGUCCAACAUCUGAAGGACAACACUCUUAUUUCCCAAAACAAGGUCCACUACCAGGUAAAUUACAAAGACGUCGUUCUUCAAAAUCAUUGAUGGCUUUAACUGCCGAUAUGUUGGAAUUGAGUGAAGAGGAAAGUCAAGUUCUGGCUAAUACUUUACAAAACAAAUCAUUGGCUUCAAGUGCUACCUUAUCAAGAGUCACUACAAGAGGUCAGGAAGAAGAAAAGAGUGGUAUUUCUAGUGGUUAUGGUAGCGAAGAUGAAGAUGAAAAGGAACUGAUUGAACAAAUCAAGAAUGCCAUCAAUAGAUUCCAUACAAAUGAUGAUGAGGAUGAAGGUGAAGACCAAAUCUCAAGUGAUGAAUUUGAAGCACAUUCAUAGGUAUUUCUGCUUGUUUGUUAUUUAUAUACUUUUUUUUUAAUAUAGAUGUUGUACUCGGAUCAGAAACAAAGUUGUUAUGUUUUGAAAACUACAAGUAUCGUAGCGCUAUUCUAACCAUUAAAGACAUCAAUUAUAAUGUUGAAAAAAAGUAAAACAAAAUACACUCAAUCAUCACAAAUCAUCAUUAAAAAAAACAUUCACCAAAACUUGCUUGCAAUAACCAAAAAGAUCAAUAUGAUUAAAAC